UCCAUUGGUAAAUCCCAAACCUGAACGCACUACAAUCUUGCGUCUUCCCUUAUCGUUCAUAGACCAGAACUCUCUUCCAAUGCCAUUCGUGUGGCAGUCGAGCGCGUGUUAAGACCUCCUUGAGAAUGAAUUAUUUAAGAGUUCACUAUUAUAAUGUUCCACUCUAAAUCACAGGCAAAAUAUUCCAGAACGGAAGAAUAUCAUCCAUAAAGCCAAGAGGUCGCUGGUGCCAUAAGAUAAUGCUCUUAUCGGUUAUCGUUUGGGGGCGGCACAAAAUCACGAAUUAAGUGUCGUUAAACUUAACUUUUGGAUAUGCAAACAAACUACUGAUACACUUUAUGGCAAUAGCUGGAGGAGAACACAACCGAGCGGAGCGACCACAGGCCCAAAUAUUUGCAGAGCCAUAUAGCCAGCCAUAAAGCGUGUGACAAAACCAGAGACGAUGACGAUGGCUGCGACUGGGAGUACGGCUACGAGGAGUACGAGACCCGUGAAGGUCUGUGGGGAAAACAUGUUUAUGCAUAUGAAAGCCGCCGGCCGACGCGUCCGAUAAAGAGUUGGGGGGCCCGUGAGAUUAUGCUGGCCAUCGGUGGAUAUAUAAACCCGAUCCCAAGCAGCACUCAACCACAGUCCAACGACACCUUCCAAUCAGCAAACACAACCAAAACAAAACCCAAUCCGAAACCAUGAAUAAAGUGUUUCUCCUGCUAGCUUUGGGUCUGGCCAUCUGCCAGGCGGUGCCUCUGGCAGUGUCGUACGACGAUGAGGAUGACACGGAGGUGGUGGAGCUGCCGGGAAAUGGAAUUGAAGAGGAGCCAGCACCCGUCCUGGGCAAGGACAUCAUUGAUUUGACGCCCCUGGGCGCAUCGCUGUACGGGAUGCCAGACCAGGAGCUGACGGCCGUUCUUGUGGGCAACUUCAGUGCUGACUCCGAUGAGGUGAAUCCCGAGGAGCUGGGCAGCUACCUGGAGGGCGACAUACUCGUGCCUCAGUCGGAUUUGAUUAUGAAGAACGGCCUGCCCACCCAGUCCUCCCGCUGGCCCCAGGGCGUGGUGCCCUACGAGAUCCGCGGCAACUUCAAUGCCCGCGACAGGGCCACCAUCGAGAACGCCAUCGCGGAAUACCACCGCCGCACCUGCAUCCGCUUCGUGCAGCGCAGCUCCCAGCGCGACUACAUCUCCAUUGUGAGCGGCAGCUCCGGCUGCUGGUCCUCCGUGGGACGCGUCGGCGGCAAGCAGGAGGUGAAUCUCCAGAGCCCCGGCUGCCUCAGCCGCCCCGGCACGGCCAUGCACGAGCUGAUGCACGCCCUGGGCUUCCUGCACGAACAGAACCGCAUGGAACGCGAUGGCUACGUGGCCAUCCAGUACGGCAAUGUGCAGUCGUCGGCGAUGAACAACUUCGAGAAGGCCGCCCGCACCGAGGCCUUUGGCGUGCCCUACGACUAUGGCAGUGUGAUGCACUACUCGAAGAACGCCUUCUCCAUCAACGGACAGCCCACCAUUGUGCCGAUGCAAUCCCAGGGCGCUGACCAAAUGGGCCAGCGCAAUGGCUUCUCCGACCUGGACAUACAGAAGCUCAACCGCAUGUACGACUGUGGAUCGGUGGGCGCUGGUCCCUCCUUCCCAGCCUCGCCCAUCACUGCUCCUGGUGCCGUUCUUGCACCUGCUCCCGCUGCUGGCAGCGGCAAUCCCAUUGUGGACAGCUUCCUUGGUGGCCUCAUCAGCGGCUUGGGUCUCGGAGAGGAGGAGGAACAGAAGCAGGCAUCCACCCAGUAGUCGGACAAAUGAUCCAAGAUCCAAUGAACCAACAGAAUCUACUAGCUCUAACGAAUCAUCAACGCACGAAACUAUUUAAUGCAUCUCCCACAUACCCA